UUGGCGCUGAUUUGUCUAAAAAAGCAGCUGUUUGUGAAAUUUGAUUUGACAAGAGACAGCGAGUUCUCUUCGUUUUUGUGCUGCGAAUUUUAACGGAUUUUGUGUGAUUUAAUACUAGAAGAUUUGUGAAAAUAGUUUUAAACGUUUUAAUUUUAUACACCAAUGAUAGUGCCUUUUUGAAUUCUUCUGAGCUUCGAUUUUAAGCGACGCCAUUUUCAAUUUUGAUCAAUUCAAGUUAUACAAAACGUUAAAAACGGCUAUGAACAUUUUAUUAACUUUAAAUCAACAAGACAUUUCGGUGUAAAUAAAAACAAAUAGAAAAUGAGCGAACUAGUGCAUGAAACUGAAUCAAAAACUAAUCCAUCAUCUGGUAUGGUGGACAAUAGUGAUAACGUGAGUGUUUCUAGUAAGGCUAGUGAAAGUGGUGCAAGUAUCAAAAGUGGAAUUCCCAAACCGUCCGGAAUAAAACCGCCCAGCGGGUCAAAAAUUGGUCGACUUUGUAUGGGAACACAGCCCAAACCUAGUUUACCACAAGUUGUUCCUGCAAAAAAUGGAUCAGAGGAAUCUCUAAGAAGAUUAACCGAAGAAUAUAGCAGACAUAAACUUACAGAUGUAAAGGAGGAAAACGAGGAAGAUAUGCCACAUACCACAACAUCGCCUUCAAGGCGUAAUAGAUAUUCAUCACUCGGUAGUGCCGCUUCCUCUUCCAUGGACUAUCUCUGGGAUUUGCACCCUAGAAAGCUGAGUGAAGCCGGUCUCAGCCGUCAUUCAGAUAACAGCACUAUCCUUACGGAAGAUACCGACAGUUUUAUAAUUGGGCAAAGAGUGUGGGUUGGAGGUACUAAGCCAGGACAUAUCGCUUAUAUUGGAGAAACUCAAUUUGCACCUGGAGAAUGGGCCGGUAUUGCAUUAGAUCAUCCAAUUGGCAAAAACGAUGGAUCAGUUGCUGGAAUAAGAUAUUUCCAAUGCGAAUCAAAAAAAGGUAUUUUCUCCAGACUCACUCGUCUAACAAGAUAUCCACUUGACGGAGAAGCCGGAGGAGCCGGCGAUUAUGUUGCUGCUCCACUCAAUGGAACUAGAAAUUCGAUGUCUCCAACAGGAAGUACCAGCCCAUUUAAAUCUCCACCAUCACUAACCACAUCAAACACUAGCCUUGCCUCAGCAAUGGUCGAUUUUAAAAUUGGCGAUCGCGUUAUAAUCAAAUCCAGUCAAGGAUCUAAAUUAGGUAUUCUCAGAUUUAUGGGAUGCACCGAAUUCGCUGGCGGCGAAUGGUGCGGUGUAGAACUCGACGAACCCAGAGGCAAAAAUGAUGGUUCUGUCGGCGGAAAACGUUAUUUCGAAUGCCGACCAAAUUUUGGCUUAUUCGCUCCAAUAAACAAAGUGAGCAAAUCACCGUCAAGCCGUAAACCAGGAGGAUGCGUAAUUCAUUCCGGUGCGGGAAUUCCACCGUCCGGAUUCAGGCGAGCAAAUUCUAAAGAAUCUAUAACAUCUAACGUUUCGAUAACAAGUGCAGCCUCUGGUGUUAGACGGGUAAGAUUGGGCGUAACAUCAUUAACCGGGCCGCAGAAAACAAGUCCAAAGUCAACAUCAACUCCCAUACCAACUAGGACCGCUCUACAGGAAGUAUUAAAAGAAAAGCAACAACAUAUUGAACAACUUCUCAAAGAGAGGGAUUUGGAAAGAGCGGAAUUGGCGAGGGCCGCAAGUCAAGCUGAUGAAAUUGACCAAAAAUAUACUUCUUUAAAACAAGAAUAUGAUAUGUAUCGAGAUGAAACCACAAAAAAACUUUUGGAACACUUGAGAAUUCUUGAUGAUUUAAAAAAAGACAAGUCUGAACUCAUCGCUAAUUUAGAUGAUGAAAAACGAAAAGUGGAAGAUUUACAAUUUCGAUAUGAAGAAGUUGAAAUUUCGAAAUCAGAACUUGAGCAAAAAAUAUCAGAUAAAAUAGUGUCAGAGGAAACAAAUCAAACGAAAAUAAAAGAAUUAGAACUCAUGAUAGAUCAAUAUGAAAAACGCAUCGAAUCUUAUGAAGCAGAUGGAAAUAGAUUAUUUGAAACUGAAGAAAAACUUCUUCACACAGGAAUGGAAAAUGAAACUUUAAAAUAUGAGGUGGAAGUAGCAGCUAAAAAAAUUCUUUUAUUAGAAGCUAGCGAAAUUGCAGCAAAAGGAAUAGAAGAAUCGCGGUCUAAAGAAAUUGCAGAUCUUAAUAAUAUAAUUAAAGAACGUGAUAAUGUCAUAGAAAAAUGUAAAAAUGAUAUUACUCAAGUUUCAGAACAAUUUGAAUCAACUAGAAAUAAUUUCGUUAAGGAGCUCGAUGAGCUUAAAAAGAGAUUGGAUGAAAGUAAUAAAGAAAUUGAAACUAAAAAUCUCCAAAUAAGUCAAUUAAAAGAAGAAUUAAUUAAAGUCGAGAAUAAUUUGAAUGAAAAAUCAAAAAGCUUCGAAUCUAAUUUGAUUGGAUUGAAGGAUAACGAAGAUAAAAUGAUGAAGGAAAUAAAUAAAUUAAAAAUGGAACUUAGUUCAAAAGUUCAUGAUAUUGAAGAAAAUCACGAUGUUAUCAUAAAAAAAGACGAUGAAAUUAAGAAAUUAUCGUCACAAAUCGAAAGUUUUAAAAAUAAUUUGCAAUCAAAAAAUACCGAUUUUGAUCAAUACAAAGAAUCUUUAAAAGAAAUCGAAAAUAAUUUAAGAAAAGAACUUGAAGAGUCAAGAAAUACCAUCACGAUGAAAAUAACAGAAAAUGAAGAAAUCAAAAAAGAAUUUGCGUUGUCAUUAGCUCAAAAAGAUAACGAACUAAAAGAAUCACACAAACAUAUUCAAAAUAAUAACGAAGAAAUUGAAAAACUUAAACAUUUAAUCAACCAAUUCAAAGAAGAAACUAAAACAUCUAAUGAAGAAUCACAAAAACAUUUCGAAUUAAAACUUAACGAAUCGGAAACUAAAAUUUUACAAUUAUCCAACGAAAUUGAAAAUAAAAAUUGUGAAUUACUGAAAUUCUCUUCAAAUAAUUCUCAAUUACAAAACGAACUUACAUCGAAAAUCGAUGAAAUAAAACGGUUACAAAUUGAACUGGAAUCGACAAAGCAACGAGUUGAAGAAGAAAAUUUAAACAUUGCGAAAACAAACGAAAACAUUACAACGUUACAAUUAAAUUUAGGUGAUUUAGAACGUAAAUUAAAAACUGCCGAAGAGAAAAAUUCGGAGUUAUUACAAAAUAAACUAAAAUUAGAAGGAGAUAUACAGAAUCUAAUAGGAUCAUCAGGUGAUUUUAGUAUUAAGUUAGAAGAAUUAACUAAUGAAUUACGUAAUAAAGAUACUACUUUAGAUAAAGUAAAAAGCGAAUUUACAGUAAAACUUCAAGAUUUAGAAAGAUCUAAACACGAAUUACAAUUAAAAUGUGAUAAUUUGGAGCAAAAAUCUGAGAAAGGUUUAAAAGAAUACGAAGAAAUUCUUCAAAAAGAACAUUUAGAAAAAGAAUAUUUGAAGAAUGAGUUAGAAAAAUUGAAUGGGGAAAAUAAGAAAGUUACCGAAGAUUUAAAUCUUAAAAUAACUCAACUUCAAAGUAAUCUCCAAGAAAAAGAAAAAUUAUUAAAAGAGACGCAAGAAAAAUCAACUGAAACUAAAGAAAAACUUAAAGAAGAACUUGAAAAGAAAAUAAAAGAACUUUCUGAAUAUUUGAAUGAAUCCCAAAAUAAAUUGUCAUCGACGAAUAAGCAAUACACUGAACUUGAAACAGAAUUAUCUAAAAAAACUAUGCAAAUGAUUGAGUUUGAAUCAAAUUUUAGCAAAGAACUUCGUUUAUCAAAACAAGCGGCUCAAGAUAUUCAAGCGAGUUACGAAGAAAAACUUAAAAAUUUAGAGUUACAGCUAAAUGAAAAGCAAAAAGAUUACCAAAAAAUUCUUGAAUCUUCAAAAAGUGAGAUAUCUGAAAAAUUGGUUGAUUUUGAAACGAGAAGUCAAGAAUUUAAUAAAGAAAAACAAAAAUUACUUGAGGAAAAUCAAAAAUUAAAGGGCGAUUUUGAAAGUUUAAUUAAAAUAAAUGCGGAAGAAAAUGAAAAAAUUAAGAAAAAACUUGAAAAUGAUCUUGAAGAAAGUCUUAAAAAAAUUGAGGAAAUUGAGGUUAAAUCAAAAUCUUUAAUAGAAGAAUUAGAUAAGAAAAACGAGAUUAUUAAACAAAUUGAAAAUAAUUUUAAAAUUGGUGAAAAGAAUCUUGAAGAAAAUGUUAAAAUAAACAAAGAAAUGGAAUUAAAAACUAAACAACUUGAAAGUAGGAUAGAAGAAGUUAUUAAAGAUAAAGAUAAAAUAAUUAAUGAAUUAGAAUUAAAGGUAAAGAAAUCUUUAGAAAACGAAAGUGAGUAUCAAAAAUCUUUGAUUAAUCAACAACAAAACGAAAAUGCGGUUAAAAAUCAAUUAGAAUCUCAAUUAAAACAAAUUUCUGAGGAAUUAUCUUCAAAAUCGAAAGCAUACGAAAACUUAAAUCAAGAAUUAUCGAGCUUAAAACAACAAAUAUCCACCAAAGAUACAACUUCUAACGAAAAAGAUAUCGAAAUAGCACAACUUAAAUCACAACUUCAUAUCAGUCACGAAUUUGUACAAAAACUUCAAAAUGAACACAACGAUCUAAAAAAAUCCAACCAAGAAGUGAAUAAUAUUUUAUCAGAAAAUCAAUUGUAUAAUAAUAAAUUAAACGAAGAAAUUACAAAGUUAAAUGAAGAAGUAAAAUCGUCGGGAAAAAUUAUUUUCGGUUUAAACAAUGCGAGUAAUUUAUACACCACCGUUUUACAAUUAAUAAAUUUAACUGAAAAACAAAAAAUUGAAAUGGUAGAUAAAUUAAACGAUGUUGUUAAAGUUGGAUGUGAUGAAGAAAGUUAUGGGAAAUUAUGUAAAAUGAUCGAUGGUAUUAAAAUAACCAACGAAGUUAGUGAAGAAGCUCUGAAGUUAAAAGAAAAUGAAGAGGAAAUAUUAAAAUAUAAAAACAUGUACGUUGAGGCUGAAGAUAAAGUUACUAGGAAAGAUAUGGAGAUUGCUUCAUUUAAAAAAGAAAUCGAAAAUUUGAAACAAUCUUCAAGUAAACCAAAAAUAGAUAACUGUACAAAGAUACCAAUGUUAAAUAAUAACACUAAAAUAGGAGCUAAUGAGCAAUUAUUAGAGGAAAAAAUCUUUGCUGAGAGUCAAGUUGCUUUCUUAAAUUCGAUUAUUGUUGAUAUGCAGAAGAAAAAUGAAGAGCAAAAAGCUAGAAUUGAAAUUUUAGAAAUGGGUUAUAGUCCUGCUGCUGCACAAGAAUUAGGACUACUGAACUUAGAUCGACAUAUGCCAGCACCACGAAUGUACUGCGACAUAUGUGAAGAAUUUGAUUUACAUGAAACAGAAGACUGUCCGCAACAAGCGAAUGAUGAUCCACCUCCGAGAGAAGGGCCUAAAAAGGAAAAGCCACCCCAGAGACCAUAUUGUGAUAUUUGUGAAGAGUUUGGGCAUGCCACAGAAAAUUGCCAAGAUGACCAGACCUUCUAAACCAAAGUAGAUCAAAAACAGCGAAUAAUAAAAUUAAAUCAGAAAAACUAUAGCCUUAUUAUAAUAUUAAAGAAAAAAGAUUUUAUUAGCUUAUUUAUUAGCUAAGUUCAUGAUGAAUUAGAUGAAUUUUAAAGUAAUUAAAUUGUUAUUGUAAUUGUAUUGUUGAUUAAUUGUAUGAAUCCAACUUGAUACCAGUUUAUAACAAAUAACAACCCCAGUAAUUCUUG